GACGGCAGUUAGCAAAGCUCCGAAUUCGAUCGCAUCCGACCGCGUCGACGUCCUUGCGUCGCUCUUGCUGUGUCUCCUAGAGGCUACACCCGCUCGUACGCGUCUACAUCCUCUCCUCAAGGGUCUCCUUCACGUCUGCAUACCCAACUCAUGUCUUUCGCGUCGUUCCCGGCUCCCCCAUCGGACGAUGUCCAACUAGACAAACAGCUCUAUACUAUGAUCGAGCUUGAGGGCAACCGCUACCGCGCCUUCUUCGCCAAACUGAGUGGGGGCCAUGGCUCAUUGAUCUCCCGCGACGCCGCACUCGAGUUCUUCCGCAAGUCCAGUCUCAGUGAGGAGCAGGUGCAGGAACUCUAUGCUCGCUUAAAGGAGCUACAACUGCUCCGGGACCACGAUCACAUGAACGAGACGGAGUUCGUCAUGGGCAUGCACUUCAUUGUGUGCAUGACCAAGCGUAACCUGGUUAAGAUCCCUCCCAAGUUCCCAAACUACUUGUUCCCGACGCUGGAUCUGACACCCGAAAGGCAGCAGAGCUUUGACUUCCCGAGCCCCGAGGAGCACUCGGACACAUCUAAAGCAUCAAGUGGCACGCCACUAGUGCCUCCUCCUUCUAUGGGGUUGAUGGGGGCUACUGAUGCGUCUAUUUCGUUCACUGCUACGUCAUCUGUGACCUCUGGAGCCCGAUUAAUGGACGCCAAGUCACUGAGUGAGUUGAUGAAUACUGAGAUUCGUACUAAACAACAUGAAGCGGAAGUGUUGUCUAAGGUGGAUCAGUCUGAGGCAAGAGCGUUGCAGAGCUUGCACGCGUGUGUGGAGCGUAUUGCUGACCAGGUGGACGGACUGGGCUUCCCCGUUCCAAGUUCGGCGAGGUCACUGGAUGCGUUGGAUGAUCUGAGAAACUUGCUGCAGAAGCAUGUGCACGCAGCCAAGCAGGAGAUUCAAAGCAUGCAGAUUGAUGCCCAGAUGAGGAGUGUGGCGUCGGAGGUGGCACAAGGUGAAAGCCGAGAAGAUCCGAUGAAGGCCACAAGUAUCUUGACGCAGGAGCUGAUGGCGCUGCAACACCAAACUGCCCAACUGAUGGCAAAGAAAGCGGAUGUCGUCGGACGUCUUGUGGCUGUGAAGGCGGGUGGGUCUGCAGCUGGAAGCAUUAUUCAGCAGUCGAGCGGUCCGGGAUUUGCAGGAGGGUUGGAGUCAAAGAAUCCUGCGUUUGCCUUAUCGAAAGGUGCGCUAACGGUGGGAGAGCUAGGCACAGUCUCGGCCUCAACCACACCUCCGAAGAACGUGGACCCCUCUUCUAGUGGUGGCUGGGGAACCUUUGGUGCCACGCCAAACGACCCUCCUCCUGCUUCAAAUGAUCCGUUCGCAUUUGGAUCAGCUCCAGCUAAAGUUGCGGUUGAUACUAAAAAGCCAGAUGCCCCCGAAAAUGAUUUUGCUUGGGGCUCGUUUCAAUAAAAAAAAAAAAACUAAAUUGUUGAUUGGAAAAAUCCAACUUCAAAGUAUCCACGUGAUGUUUCUCAAACAA